AGUAAAGCGCGAGAUGAGAACAUGGCCACUUUCCGUGGCUCCGAGUACCUUUGCUAUGACCUGUCGCAAAACCCCAUCCAGAGCAGCAGCGAUGAGAUCACGCUCUCCUUCAAGACCUGGCAGCGCAACGGGCUCAUCCUGCACACGGGCAAGUCAGCUGACUACGUCAACCUGGCCCUGAAGGACGGUGCUGUGUCCUUGGUCAUCAACCUGGGGUCUGGGGCCUUUGAGGCCAUUGUGGAGCCGGUCAAUGGCAAGUUCAAUGACAACGCGUGGCACGACGUUAAGGUGACACGCAACCUGCGGCAGCACUCAGGCAUUGGACACGCUAUGGUGACAAUCUCUGUGGAUGGCAUCCUUACCACCACGGGCUACACACAGGAGGACUACACCAUGCUGGGCUCAGAUGACUUCUUUUACGUGGGAGGGAGCCCCAGUACUGCUGAUUUACCUGGGUCUCCAGUAAGCAAUAACUUCAUGGGCUGCCUCAAAGAGGUUGUUUAUAAGAAUAAUGACAUUCGUCUGGAGCUGUCUCGCUUGGCACGGAUUGGUGAUACUAAGAUGAAGAUCUAUGGGGAAGUGAAAUUCAUAUGUGAAAAUGUGGCUACGCUGGACCCCAUCAGCUUUGAGACACCUGAGGCCUAUAUUAGUCUGCCUAAAUGGAAUACCAAGAGGAUGGGCUCCAUCUCAUUUGAUUUCCGAACCACUGAACCCAAUGGACUGAUCCUUUUCACCCACGGCAAGCCUCAGGAGAGGAAAGAUACCAGAAGCCAGAAAAAUACAAAGGUAGACUUUUUUGCAGUUGAGCUUCUAGAUGGAAACCUCUACUUGCUGCUGGACAUGGGCUCUGGGACCAUUAAAGUGAAGGCCACCCAGAAGAAAGCCAAUGAUGGAGAAUGGUAUCAUGUGGAUAUUCAACGAGAUGGAAGAUCAGGUACCAUAUCAGUGAACAGCCGACGCACGCCAUUCACCGCUAGCGGGGAGAGUGAGAUCCUGGAUCUGGAAGGUGAUAUGUACCUGGGUGGGCUGCCAGAGAACCGGGCAGGACUCAUCCUUCCCACAGAGCUCUGGACAGCAAUGCUGAACUAUGGCUACGUGGGCUGUAUCCGAGACUUGUUCAUUGAUGGCCGAAGCAAGAACAUCCGGCAGCUGGCAGAGGCGCAGAAUGCCGCCGGGGUCAAGUCCUCCUGCUCCCGCCUCAGCACCAAGCAGUGUGACAGCUACCCCUGCAAGAACAAUGCAGUCUGCAAGGAUGGCUGGAACCGCUUCAUUUGUGACUGCACUGGCACUGGCUACUGGGGUAGAACAUGUGAGCGAGAGGCCUCUAUCUUGAGCUAUGAUGGCAGCAUGUACAUGAAGAUCAUCAUGCCAAUGGUCAUGCACACAGAAGCAGAGGACGUGUCCUUCCGUUUCAUGUCCCAGCGUGCCUACGGGCUGUUGAUGGCGACCACGUCCCGGGACUCUGCGGACACUCUGCGCCUCGAGCUGGAUGGAGGCCGGGUCAAGCUCAUGGUCAAUUUAGGCAAGGGACCUGAAACUCUUUAUGCUGGGCAGAAGCUCAAUGACAAUGAGUGGCACACUGUCCGGGUGGUGCGGCGAGGAAAGAGCCUCAAGCUGAUCGUGGAUGAUGAUGUUGCUGAGGGCACAAUGGUUGGUGAUCACACCCGCUUGGAGUUUCACAACAUCGAGACAGGGAUCAUGACAGAGAAGCGCUACAUCUCCGUCAUCCCCUCCAGCUUCAUCGGGCACCUGCAGAGCCUCAUGUUCAACGGGAUGCUCUACAUCGACCUGUGCAAGAACGGCGACAUUGACUACUGCGAGCUGAAGGCGCGCUUUGGCCUCCGCAACAUUAUAGCUGACCCUGUCACGUUCAAGACUAAGAGCAGCUACUUGAGCUUGGCCACCUUGCAGGCUUAUACAUCCAUGCACCUCUUCUUUCAGUUCAAGACCACCUCAGCUGAUGGUUUCAUCCUCUUUAACAGUGGUGAUGGCAAUGACUUUAUCGCAGUUGAACUAGUCAAGGGGUAUAUACACUAUGUGUUUGACCUUGGAAAUGGACCUAAUGUUAUCAAAGGCAACAGUGAUCGUCCUCUGAAUGACAACCAGUGGCACAAUGUUGUCAUUACCAGAGAUAACAGUAACACACACAGCUUAAAAGUGGACACCAAGGUGGUCACUCAGGUUAUCAACGGUGCCAAAAAUCUGGAUCUUAAAGGUGAUCUCUACAUUGCUGGCCUGGCUCAAGGCAUGUAUAGCAACCUCCCAAAGCUUGUGGCCUCUCGUGAUGGAUUUCAGGGCUGCCUGGCGUCUGUAGACCUGAAUGGGCGUCUGCCUGACCUCAUCAACGAUGCUCUGCACCGCAGUGGGCAGAUUGAGCGUGGCUGUGAAGGGCCGAGCACUACCUGCCAGGAAGAUUCCUGUGCGAAUCAGGGCAUCUGUAAUCAGCAGUGGGAAGGCUUCACCUGUGACUGCUCCAUGACUUCUUAUUCUGGGAGCCAGUGCAAUGAUCCUGGUGCCACAUAUAUCUUUGGGAAGAGUGGAGGUCUCAUCCUGUACACCUGGCCAGCUAAUGACAGACCAAGCACGAGGACAGACCGUCUUGCUGUGGGCUUCAGCACAACAGUGAAGGAUGGCAUCCUCGUCCGGAUCGACAGUGCCCCUGGGCUGGGUGAUUUCCUGCAGCUGCACAUAGAGCAAGGCAAGAUUGGUGUAGUCUUCAAUAUUGGCACGGUGGACAUCUCUAUUAAAGAGGAAAGCACACCUGUAAAUGAUGGCAAAUAUCACGUAGUACGCUUUACCAGGAAUGGUGGCAAUGCAACACUUCAGGUUGACAGCUGGCCAGUGAAUGAACACUACCCCACAGGCAACACUGAUAGUGAACGGUUCCAAAUGGUAAAACAGAAAAUCCCCUUCAAAUAUAACCGGCCUGUAGAGGAGUGGCUGCAGGAAAAAGAUGAUGCUACACCGCAUCACCACUUGGCUUCGAGACCUGCCACGACGACCAAAAUUGGACGACAGUUAACGAUCUUCAACACCCAGGCGCAAAUAGCCAUAGGAGGGAAGGACAGAGGGCGUCUCUUCCAAGGCCAGCUCUCCGGGCUCUAUUACAAUGGCCUGAAAGUGCUCAACAUGGCGGCAGAGAACAACCCCAACAUUAAAAUCAAUGGAAGCGUCCGACUCGUUGGGGAAGUCCCUUCCAUCUUGGGAACAACACCCACAACAUCGGUGCCACCGGAGAUGUCGACGACAGUCAUGGAAACCACAACCACGAUGGCGACCACUACCACCCGGAAAAAUCGCUCCCCGCCCAGCAUCCAGACAACAGAUGACAUCGUUUCAUCAGCUGAAUGUUCCAGUGAUGAUGAAGAUUUCAUUGACUGUGAACCCAGUACAGGAGGUGAAUUAGUUAUCCCUCUACUUGUAGAAGACCCUUUAGAUAUUCCUCCUAUUGCUACUCGUGCACCUUUCAUUACACUUCCCCCUACCUUUCGCCCCCUCCUCACCAUUAUUGAGACCACCAAAGAUUCCCUGUCCAUGACCUCUGAGGCGGGGUUACCUUGCUUGUCGGACCAAGGCAGCGAUGGUUGUGAUGAUGAUGGCUUGGUGAUAUCUGGGUAUGGCUCAGGGGAAACCUUUGACUCUAACCUACCCCCUACUGAUGAUGAAGAUUUUUACACCACCUUCUCCUUGGUAACAGAUAAGAGUCUUUCCACUUCAAUCUUCGAAGGUGGCUACAAAGCACACGCACCCAAGUGGGAAUCCAAGGACUUUAGACCUAACAAAGUCUCCGAAACUGGUAGGACUACUACCACGUCUUUGUCCCCUGAGCUGAUCCGCUCCACAGCUUCGUCCUCGACUGUGAUGAUUCCCAAAUUGCCAGCUGGCAAAAUGAAUAACCGUGAGCUCAAACCCCAGCCUGACAUAGUCUUGCUUCCGUUGCCCACUGCCUAUGAGCUAGACAGCACAAAGCUGAAGAGCCCGCUAAUCACUUCCCCCAUGUUCCGUAAUGUGCCCACAGCAAACCCCACGGAGCCGGGAAUCAGACGGGUUCCGGGGGCCUCAGAGGUGGUCCGUGAGUCGAGCAGCACAACGGGGAUGGUCGUCGGCAUUGUGGCUGCUGCCGCCCUCUGCAUCCUCAUCCUCCUGUACGCCAUGUACAAGUACAGGAACAGGGACGAGGGGUCCUAUCAGGUGGACGAGACGCGGAACUACAUCAGCAACUCAGCCCAGAGCAACGGCACGCUCGUGAAGGAGAAGCAGCAGAGCUCAAAGAGCGGCCACAAGAAGCAGAAAAACAAGGACAAAGAGUAUUAUGUGUAAAAAAGAAUAAUUAUUUAUAUAUAAAUAUAGAAAUACUUAAUGAGAUUUAACUGAGAUAUCAGAACCAUUGCAGCGAACGAGAUGAUUGGGAGAUAUCGUUUGUGGGAAAAAGUAUUGGGAAAAAAUUUCAGCAGUGACUGUUAAUGUCUAAGUCCUCACUUGGAGUCAGCAAACUUUGCCCUAAUGUAUUAUAAAGCACACUUAGCGUUCUGGAGAUGGCGCGCACAGCUCUGCUCUGUUAGUGAACUUGGACAUCUCCAAAUCUCCUCCUCCGCUGAACUUUCUGCAAAGGUAGAAGACUUCAUGGCUUACUUGUUUCAUAUCUCCAAGUGAGUCUUUAACAAUGUUCGUGAUCCCUGACUGUAUCAAUAAUUUUUCAGUUUACUUAUUUAAAAAAAAAAAAAAAAAAAGGAAGGAAAAAGAAAAAAUAUAAACAUUAUUAAACAACAAAGAUGUAUUGAACAAACUGAUCUGGCCGUGUCCAGCAUACACAUAACUUUUCGAGAUUGGAGGAGGGGAAUAAAUGAGUUUGGAGAUUGUUGGUUUUUUGGUUUGAUUUUGUUUUGUUUCUUGGGUUGCUUUUUGUUUGGUUUCUUUGGUUACUUUGGGUGAGGGAGGGAAGAGUGGAGUGGAAUGAUGUGGGGGGUGACCCAGGACACGAGAAGAAAUCUCGGAAAAAAAAAUCCAUAAUAAAUAAAGAGAGACUAUUGCCGUAUAUGAAUUCAAAAGCUACCCAUGGUGUUUACUCUGCAUAUCUGGUUGUAUUGUCUCUAGAAUCCAUCAUCUUGUAGUAAGUUGUUUGCUAACAACGCAGUGACAAUGUCUGAUGAGUGGUGCUGAGAAAAUUGUCAUGGAAAUGUGGUUCUCUUGGAUCUGGCUCC